AUGCCCCGUGCCAGAGCCAACUGCCGAGAGUGCCGCCACAACCGGACGGAACCAACUGCGGAGAGCGCCAGAGCCAACUGCCGAGAGUGCCGCCACAACCGGACGGAACCAACUGCAGAGAGCGCUGAAGCCAACUGCCGAGAGUGCCGCCACAACCGGACGGAACCAACUGCAGAGAGCGCCGAAGCCAACUGCCGAGAGUGCCGCCACAACCGGACGGAACCAACUGCAGAGAGCGCCGAAGCCAACUGCCGAGAGUGCCGCCACAACCGGACGGAACCAACUGCAGAGAGCGCCGAAGCCCACUGCCGAGAGUGCCGCCACAACCGGACGGAACCAACUGCAGAGAGCGCCGAAGCCAACUGCCGAGAGUGCCGCCACAACCGGACGGAACCAACUGCAGAGAGCGCCAGAGCCAACUGCCGAGAGUGCCGCCACAACCGGACGGAACCAACUGCAGAGAGCGCCAGAGCCAACUGCCGAGAGUGCCGCCACAACCGGAUGGAACCAACUGCAGAGAGCGCCGAAGCCAACUGCCGAGAGUGCCGCCACAACCGGACGGAACCAGCUGCAGAGAGCGCCAGAGCCAACUGCCGAAAGUGCCGCCACAACCGGACGGAACCAACUGCAGAGAGCGCCAGAGCCAACUGCCGAGAGUGCCGCCACAACCGGACGGAACCAACUGCAGAGAGCGCCAGAGCCAACUGCCGAGAGUGCCGCCACAACCGGACGGAACCGACUGCAGAGAGCGCCGAAGCCAACUGCCGAGAGUGCCGCCACAACCGGACGGAACCAACUGCAGAGAGCGCCGAAGCCAACUGCCGAGAGUGCCGCCACAACCGGACGGAACCAACUGCAGAGAGCGCCGAAGCCAACUGCCGAGAGUGCCGCCACAACCGGACGGAACCAACUGCAGAGAGCGCCAGAGCCAACUGCCGAGAGUGCCGCCACAACCAGACGGAACCAACUGCAGGGAGCGCCGAAGCCAACUGGCACAUUUCGAUGUAG